AUGUUGGAAAGGGACGAUGUUCUCUUCCAAAACCCCAGCCCCCGCUGUUUCCCUCCUCCCCUCUCCACCCUCCUCAUUUCCCUCAAGAUUUUCUUCCGAAACAAACAGCUUUUCCUUUCCAUCUUUGCCCUCUCCACCCUCCCCCUCUCUUUUCUCCUUUUCUCCCUCUCCCUCUACGUCCAGCCCAUCAAAUCCCGCGUCUACCACCUCGAGGCCGUCGCCUUCCUCUCCUCCACCCGCUUCGAGUCCCGCCACGUCUGGAAGGAAUCGCGCGCCGAUGCCCUCUCCAUCCUCAAGGUUAAGGCCUUCUUCUUCCUCCCCACCUAUUUCCUCUCUCUCUUCACCGCCAUAACGGCCGUAAGUUCUACCGCCUCCGCCUGCCACGCCAAGCACUCCAGCCUCCUGUCCGCCCUCACCGCCGUUAAGCUCACAUGGAGACGGCCCUUGAUCACCACCAUCCUCAUCUACGCCAUCUCGCUCUUGUACGAUCAGGUUCCCCGCACAUUCGCGGCUCUGUCUGGGUCUCCCGGAUCCGAAUUGUUUGUACUUGUAAUGGGUUCGGUUUUCGAGAUUUACUUGAUGGCGGUUCUGAGCCUUGGCCUCGUGGUGUCCAUCGUGGAGGAGGAAUUCGGGUGGGAGGCGUUUCGCGUUGGGUCGGGUCUGAUGGCCGGCAGGAGGUUAUCCGGGUGGGUGCUGUCGGGUAUGUUCGUGCUGGUAUCAGGUACGAUCGCGGGGGAUCUUGAGAGGAUAACGGACGGUCAGGAUCCGUCAUUGGAGACAUCGACGAUGGCGAUGAGCGUAUCGACGGGAAUCAAAGAUAAAUUGGGGAUGAUUGUUUUGUACGGGAUAGUAGUGCUUUUGAGUUACGUGGUUACCACCGUUUUUUACUUCGAGUGUAGAAAACGACACGUAGUUAGGGUCGAAUAUGAGAGCAUAACAAUUUAG